AUGAAUCUCAUUAUCGCCAACGCAUACAUAAAUUAUUUAGGAAAUGAUGAAAUAUUUACAACGUUGGAUAAUUCGGCUGCUAAACAUAAAAUAUCGAUAAGACCGAAAAAAAAAUAUGCGGAAACGAGACAUAGAAAUUUAUCAUCGAUAAUUAAUUCAAUAAGUUCUUCGGGAAAUUAUGAAGAAGAAAAUUCAUAUCAAAGUUCCAUCCACGGUAAUAAAGAAAAUGAAAAAUCUGAUGUUACGUGUAAAAGAGAGGCCGUAGUUAAAGAAUUGUUAGAAACGGAAGAUGAAUUUUGUAAGGAUUUGUCAUACGUCGUGGAAAAUUAUUUGAAACCAUCGGAAAAUUAUAACGUGCCAACAAUCGUUAGAGAUAAUAUUGAUGUCAUAUUCAGUAAUUUUAAACUCAUCUUAAAUUUUCAUAACACGGUUUUAAAAGAGGGGAUUUAUUACUACAGUACGGAACCGGAAAAAUUAGGAAAAGUUUUCUUACGUUUGGAAAGAGAUUUCGAUAAGCACAUAUCAUAUUGUAGAGAUGUAUCGCUAGCAGAAGAUUUUCUGGCAAAUAAUACACAAGCAAUGGAAUUUUUCGAGAAUCUUAGUCAGCAAUUAAAAGACGGUAAAAAUAUAUUGGAAUAUCUUCAAUUACCCGUACAACGUAUAAACGAUUAUCAAGUUUUACUUAAAGAUCUUAUUAAAUAUUCGGAAAAAUUAGGAAAAUGCACGCAAGAUUUAAAAAAAGCUCAUGAAUUGAUGUUAGCCAUCCCGCAGAGGGCAAACGAUAAUAAAUUUUUAAAUAACAUUGAAGGUUUUCACGGUAACAUACAUAAAUUUGGAAGACUUUUACGUCACGAUUGGUUUACGGUCGAAUCGGGUAAUAAUUCAAAUUCGAAAGAAAGAUAUCUAUUCUUAUUUAAAUCUCACAUAAUUAUAUGUAAAGUUAAAAAAAUAUCAGAAGAUCGAUCGAUAUUUGUUUUAAAAGAAUUGAUACCCUUGAAAGAAGUUAAAAUAAAAAACUUAGCGGAUGAUAAUAAUACGUUUGAAAUAUACGAUAAAAAUAUUAUCGAUAAACCGGAAAUACUAUUUAAAAUAUAUUCAAGAAAAGAUAAUAUAAAAGAUAUUUGGAUAAACGAUAUUGAAAAAAAUGUCGAAAAUGUUAUUUUAUUAAAGGAAAUCGAUGAUGUUAAUAAUAAAAACGUUAAUGAUUGUGUAGAAAUACAAGUUUAUAAUCAAACCAACGUUAAAGACGGUAACGAUAAAGAUUUAAUUGAAAAUAAAAUCGAUAUUAAUUUGGAAAAAGAAAACGACGACGACGACAGGAACACAAUGAAUCGAAGAUAUUCAGUUAGAAAAUCUCAUAAAACUUACGAAGAAUCUUAUUCGGUGACGGGACAACGAGAAACUUAUGUUCAUAGAUCAACAACUGCUGCUAGCAGUCAAUUUUCAUCAACUUCCGGUUUCGAUUCCGAAGUUUCAUAUUCCCGCAAAAGCUCUUUCAUAACCGGUUCCGAAAGACGUUCAUCAUCGACUUUCAAUUCUAAUUUAGCUAUUUCCGGAAGUGGUAAAAAACCGAUUUUCUUAAAAAAGAUAACCGGUUUAAAUCUAGAACCUGGAGAGACGGCCAUUUUCGAAUGUCAAUUAGAAUCCGAUGUCAAAGUUACUUGGUUAAAGGAUAAUAAAGAAUUAGAAGACAAAUUAGCUGAUAGAGUUGUUAGAUCUUCCUCUGACGAUGGUACCCACAGGCUCGAGCUACAGCACGUUGCAGAAUCGGAUUCUGGUGUUUAUACUGCAUACGCACAAAACGAUGAAAAUUAUUCGACGUGUACUGCGCAAUUAGUCGUGGAAAAAGGGGCUUCUAAACACAAAGAAAUUUCUAAAGAUUCUUCUGCUCCAUUUUUUACCGUACGUUUAAAAGAUACCGAACUAAUGUUAAACACAAAUUUUACAUUUAUGGUUAAAGUUAAAGGAUCUCCAAAUCCGAGAGUUAAAUUCUACAAAGAUGAUAUGAUAAUAAGAAGUGGAAAUGAUCACGUGGAAAUAAACGAUGAAAAAUCCGAUAUUGGUUAUUACGAAUUAAUAAUAUCGGAUGUUCAAAAACAUCAUGGCGGCGUUUAUUCUUGUAAAGCUACUAAUGAACAUGGAGAAGCUCAUUGCGAAGGAACUGUUACCAUAAAUGAUGAAAAAGUAAUUUUUAAAGGUUUAGAAAAUAGUGAUAAAAUAGAUUUGGGAAGGAAACCAUCAUUUACUUGGUUUAAAGAUGGUAAACAUUUUGAUCCUGAUGAAAGAUUUAAAGUUCUUUUGGGAAACGAAGAAGAUUCUUUGGCUCUUGUCUUCCAACAUGUCAAACCAGGUGAUGCUGGUUUGUAUACUUGCGUUGCAUCAACAACUGCUGGAAAAAUUUCUUGCAGCGCUGAAUUAUCAGUUCAAGGAGUUUUAAAUCCUCUUUCACGAGAACCGGAAAAACCAAGUUUCUCUGAAGAAAUAAAAAGUGAAAUUGAAACCGAAGUUGGAAAAUCCGCAAAAUUAGAAGCUAAAGUUUUAGGUUUUCCACGACCGGAUGUUAAAUGGUAUCACGAAGACACGGAAAUCAAACCGGAAGGACGUUAUAAAUUUUUAUACGACGAUAAAGAAACUAUAACUCUCGUUAUUAAAAAUGUUAAUCCGAAAGAUGGCGGAUUUUAUAAGAUUGUGGCUAAGAACGAACUUGGAGAAGAAUGUACCGAAUUAAGCCUGAUUGUGAAAGGUGCACCUGUCAUUACUAAAAAGUUGGAAAAUGUAAAAGUAAAAGAAAAUUCAGAAAUUAAAUUAACAACCGUCAUCGAAGGUUCUCCCACUCCAGAUGUUAAAUGGUUUAAAGAUGACAAAGAAAUAACAGAAUCUUCUAGAAUAAAAAUCACGACGGAUUCAACGAAUAACACGUACACUUUGAAAAUAAACAAAGCAACAGCAGAAGACGAAGGUUCGUAUUCGAUAACAGCUUCCAACGAAAUUAAUCAUUGUUCAGAUUCUUGCACGGUCACCGUUUCUUCUUCCCCGAAAAUUUUAAAAAGUAUGGAAAAGAAUGUUGAAAUUUCCGAAGGAGAAAAAAUAGUUUUUAAUGUUGAAACCUCUGGAGAAGUCGAUGACUCUAAUGUAAAAUGGAUGAAAAAUGGAAAACCUCUUGUAUCGGAUGAUAGCAAGAUUAAGAUAACAGCAGAAGACAAUAAACACACGUUGAUUAUAUUUGAUGCUAAAAUUGAUGAUUCUGCCACGUAUUCUGUAGAGGUAAGCAAUGAAAAUGGAGUCGUUACCGAAGAAGGAAAAGCAACAGUAACAAGACAAACAUGUGCUCCCGUAUUAAAAAAAGGAUUACAAGACAUAUUGGCUAAAGAAGGAGAUUCAAAUGUUGAAUUUUCCGUUGAAGUAAAUGCUUAUCCUAAACCGAAAAUCAAAUGGUAUUUAGAUGGUAUGGAAAUAACAGAAAAGCGAAAGGAAUAUACCAAAAUGGAAGAUGAUAAUAAUUACAAACUUAUAUUAAAAAAAGUUACGACAGAAUUAAAGGGAAAUUAUAAAUGUAGGAUAGAAAAUGAUUAUGGUUCAGCCGAAACGACAGCCAAAUUAACUGUAGAAUCGAGACCAAUAUUCGUAAAAAUUCUAGAACCCAAAAUAACUGUCGACGAAGGAUCCGAAUUAACAUUACAAGUAGAAUGUGCAGGUUGUCCAGAACCGGAAAUCUCAUGGUUUAAAAAUGGAGAAGAAUUAAGUACGGAUGCACAUAUAAAAAUAAUGAAAGAUUCACACAGAUCAGAAAGCUACAGCAUGUCUUUAACCCUGAUUAAAAGAAGCGACAGCGGAGAAUAUGAAGCAAGAGCGACAAAUUGUAUGGGAUCAGCCGUUACAAAAACAUACGUUCAAGUUAUCUCAAAUAUAAUAGAAACGUCAAAAGAAAAAUCACCGGAAGAAGAAGAAGUUAAAAAAUUAGAAGAAGAUAAAAAACCCGAAAUAAAACUUGAAGAAACAAUAAUUGAAUCUGUGGAAAAUAAAACAGAGAAUUUAACCAAAGGUAAAAUUGAAGAUGUUGAUGAUGUUAAACAAUGUGAAGUACAAGUUGAAGAUUAUAAAGCAGAACCAGAAAAAGUCGAUACAUUAAAACUACCAUUAAAUAAAUUAUUAAUGGGACGAAGGGAAAGCGUUAAAUUUGAAGAAAUAAUUGAAAAUAGUCAAAUUGAAGAAACACAAAAUAGUAGUUUGGAAGUUGUUGGAGUAGUAGAAGAAUGUGUGGAUAGCGACAAUGAAAUUUCUUAUCGUAAAUUACGUGUAAAUCGAGGAGUAUCAAUUAAUUCCGUUUCCGAAGAUGAAAAAAGUUUAUCGAGAAAUAAUAGUAAUGGUGAAUUAAAUGAAAAACUCGAAGAUGAAUUUGAAUUGGAAAAUGGUAAGAAAGAAUCCGCGACUUGGAUGGAAAAUAAAACUGAUUUGAAAAAAAUAGAAGAAGAAAUUAAACCGUCUUCUAAAAAAGCCGAAAUUGCCGAUAUGGAAAUAAAUGAAAAUGAAUUAAGUGAAUCUAAUAAUGUUAAACCCGAUGAAUCUUCUAAAUCUGAAUCGAAUGAUACAAAUUCUGAUGAAAUAGAAGAGAAUGAUAAACUACCUGAUUCACAAAAAACAGUUGAUUAUUUUUACUCACCGAAUAAUAAAUCAGACAAAGAAUCGUAUGAUGAAAAAGACGAUGAAGAAAUACCCGAAAAACACAAAAAACCGUUCGAAACAUCGAAAUUCGAAAACGAUAAACAAUCAGAAAACGAAUUACAAGAUAACGAACAUGAUGAUGCAAUAUCGGAAGACAUUGAAAAACAACCGGAAAUGCCAAUUACAAAUAAAACGGAAAAAGAAUCGAACGACAUAUCACGUGACUCAUACAUAAAAAAAGCAGAAUACGAAACUCAAAAAAUAUCGACCAAUGAAAUCGACCGCGAAUCGACUCCUGACGAUGAUCCUGUCGUAAGUGAUCUUUUAAAAAGAAUUAAGAAACAAAGAUCUGUUUUAGAAGAAAUAUUAACGAAAGAAGCGGAUACAUCAAAAGAAGGUGAAGAAAUAAAACCCAGCUUUAAAAAACCAUUGAAAGAUGUGAAAGUUACAAAAGAAGAAAAAGAAGUUUCUUUCACUUGUACAGUAACUGGUAAUCCUGAACCGGAAAUCACUUGGUCUCUUAAUGGCAAACAGAUACAAGUUGAUGGAAAGAAAUUCAUUUCAGAAAAAGUAAAAUCAACUGAUGAUGAAAAUAAAGAAGAGUAUACUUGCACAUUGAAAAUAAAAAAACCAAGUGAAGCAGAAGCUGGUUUAUAUCUUGUUAAAGCUGAUAAUAAAUAUGGAUAUGGUGAAUCCAGUGCAAGCCUUACAAUUGAAAUUCAAGAAGAAGAAGAAGAAGAACAUAAACCGGAAAUAAAACGAUUAAAAGAUGUUGUAGCUAUACUCAACGAAGAUGCUGUGUUUGAAGCAGAAAUCAUAUCAGAUUCUCCUGUGGAAGUUUCUUGGUAA